UUUAUCAAUAUUUUGAAUUUUAAACGUAAACCAGAUUGUUUAGGAAACCAUAAAUUGCACCAUUUGAUAAAGCUGUGAAGCUGAAGAAUGUUCUAUGAGUGGAUUAUUUACGUAUUAAUAGUUUUAUUAGAAUUUAUUGGUGAUCGGAAUAGGGUUGAAGCAAGACAUGCAGUUGUGCCUCUGGACUUUAGCAGCAGAGAAGGUUUACAAUUCAAGUAUGUAUCGACGAUACAACCCGACUAUUAUGAAAAUAAUAGAGCAGAAUAUUCCUACAGAGAGCCCAAGAGAAAGAAAUUAAAACACAAAAAGAAAAAGAUAAAUAAGAAUGAUGUUCAAACUCAUAAGAAGGCUAAACCAAAAAGGAAAUACGGUAAAAGAUUCGUGAAAACCUCUCUAAGAGGAAAGGAUUCCAAUUUAUCAGAGUCGAAAGAACUCGAGAAGGGAAAGCCUGUUGAUAUUAUUGUUCAUAUUAAAAUGAAUGAUUGAAUUA